AACUCAAAGCCAGACAGCUCUACGCAUGCGUGAAACUGAUAUCUUGGACGCGCCAGAAAAAUUGUUCCGGAUGGCAUCUGUUUGCUUGUUGCUCACUGCUCAAACAGUAAACAGCGAUACUUGGAGUAGUCAGCAGUGGGAGAAGACGCUGCUCGACGCGGCUGCCGCAUGCACUUAAGCCCGUUGGCGCCUGCUCAUCGUGACUUGACGUGAUACUGCGCUGACGGCCAGUGUUAAUUUCACUUAUGAAAUGCGUUGUGGAAUGUUUUGGCGUGAUUUGACGGCCAGUUUGAGUUGGCUCUGCCCUUCAUAAAAAUUAUAUAUUAAUUUUAAAACUAAUCACUAAAUUUUUAGGUAAAUGCAGCUGUACUCUGUGAAAUUCCAAAACACUGAGAGCCGCCUGAUGGAAUACAGAGUAAAAGUGCCUCAAAUAAACAACAAUAAUACUCUAUGGCCAAAUACAUAGGAAAAAACCUCCUUGGGAAGAACAAAUGAAGGCCUGUGAUCUGACUGUGUAGAGGUCACUGAUAAAGACACUCUUAGAAUAUCUUUGAUAUACGAAACAUAGCAAGUAAACAAAGUACCACCGCUUACGAUUUGAUGUUCUGUGAACCCGAACAUGAAUCAAUUUGAAGGACAGAAUAUAGUUAACGCCCAUUAAUGGAUGUCAAGCGUCUUAUCUAGGAAGAUGCCUCCAAAAGACUAUCGCGACAGUCUGCUUAGUGAUGUACACGUGGGUUUGAAAGACGUUACAGAUUGUGGGACCGUCAAUUAUGUUAAAGGAACAUACGACUAUUACCAUUACGGAUGUGAUGGAUUUUCAGAUAAGGGUUGGGGCUGUGGAUACAGAACUCUCCAGACAUUAUGCUCCUGGGUGAAGGAAAGUCUGAAAGGAAAGGGCUCACCACCACCAGUACCACAUAUUCGAGAAAUACAGAGAGUCCUUGUUAGUAUAGAGGACAAACCUACACAUUUCAUAGGAUCGAGGGACUGGAUUGGGUGCUUUGAAGCCUGCCUUGUCCUAGAUGUACUCUACAGAGUAUCCUGCAAAGUGAUACACAUCCCAAGUGGUAAACAACUGUGCAAGCAUAUUCCUGAGCUAGUGGAACACUUCUCUCAACUAGGGUCACCAGUGAUGAUGGGUGGUGACAAAGAUUGCUCCGCAAAGUGUAUUGUUGGAGUACAUACAGAUGUUGAAAGAAAUGAAGCGUCGCUUCUAGUAGUGGACCCACACUUUUGGGGCGUUGCUGCAGAUCGUUACCAACUACAGAGAGAAGGCUGGGUGUGUUGGAAACAGAUUUCAGAGUUCCUGGAUAGCUCCUUCUACAACCUGUGCCUGCCACAACUUUCUUCAGAAUUGGAGCCUUCAGUUUGAUCCAUAACUGCAGUCAGAACAGCACCUCACAUUCAGUAGCCAUAAUUUUAUCAUAAUCUUUGUUUUCAAAUGUGUCAUUGCACUUCAUGUCUUUGGUAUAGUGUAAACAUGACAUUUUCUUGGAGUAACAUUAAUAGUAUUCGUUUUAUGAAUGUGUUAUGGUAUUGAUUAAAUGUGAACAUUACAAAAGUU